AUGAAGCGCGCAUUACAAGAAAAAGAAAUUCAAAAUAUCUUGCAAGAAGAUAUUCCUUCGGAUCCUGAAAGUUGUGUGGAGUCGGAUUCAGACUGUGGCUCAGAACCAGACAUUGAUCAAGCCCCCGAAUUCACCCUUGGUAAUGACACUGUCGCUGUGCAGACAUUCAAUGACAACUUUGACUCGGAUGAUGAUAUACCUCUGGCUAAUUUUAUUGAUUUACUAAACGACAAAAUCUUGGCUUGUGGUACUGUAAAUGCUACUAGAAAAGAUUUACCUACACUCAAAGAAGAUACUAAGUUAGAAAGGGGUGAACAUGACUAUCGAGUCAGUGACACAAAUGUUACUGUGAUGAAGUGCAAAAAUAUGAUAUAA